AUGUGCACCAGCAGCCACACCAUUGGGAGCCUCUUGGUGCUCUCCGUGCUGGAGAUAGGGCUGGGGGUCUCCAGCGUGGCCGUCGGGGCGGUCAGUUUCAGCCUGGUCCUUGCGGAGCAUAAGCCUCAGCUGGGAGACUCUUCUCCGUUUCUGCUGUGUGGCAUAUGUGGAAUAUUGUGUGCCAAAAAAAAAUCUGGACUUGUCAUGAUCCUUUUUUCAGCCUGUUGCAUCUGCGGACUAAUUGGAGGAAUAUUAAAUUUUCAGUUCCUUCGUGCUCUGACAAAGAAGUCCUCCACUCUCUAUUCUUUGCAUCUUACUUCCAUGUCUCUUGCAUGCAUUGGAAUUGGAGGUUGCACACUUUCUUCCUGGCUCACUUGCCGGCUAGCCAGCUAUGAACAAAGGAGAAUGUUCUCCGAAAGGGAGCAUUCACUGCAUCAUUCCCACGAAAUGGCAGAGAAAGAAAUGACAGACAAUAUGAGCAAUGGAGGACCACAGCUGAUUUAUAAUGGAAGAGUGUACGAAAAGAUUUAA